ACGUUGACCCCGAAGCGGAGGUUGACACGUGGGGUUGAGUGAACCACCACGCAGGUUGUGCUGCUACACAACUAAAUCAGGUACCUUUAUGUCUUUUAUGUAGAUAUUUCCAGAUAUUUAAGAAUCUGAAUUGAUUUGUGGUAAGAUAAAUACGCGUGUCAGUAAAAGGUAAGAUUAAUCUGAAGAGUCUGUCUCUCUAACGGUUAACUUUCUAGCUGGUUAGCCGGUUAGCUUGGGUGGUUCGGUUAAACUGUCACAGGAGCCGGAGUUAUGAAUCAGUUAUGAACGAAUUUGAUGUUUGAUUAGAUUAUGAAGACUGUUUUUUAAAGCUCUGUCGCUGUUUUAGCAUCAGAAGUGAACCCCCUGCUUCUUCAUCAUGGCCGUGAGAGCAUCGUUUGAGAAAAACAACGAGGUCGGCUGCUUCGCCAAACUGACCAACACUUACUGUCUGGUGGCUAUCGGCGGCUCCGAGAACUUCUACAGGUGAGAUUUGACCAGAAACACAUUUACACCGAGUAAAGGCAGCUCCAUGUGUGUGAUAAAGACUGUUUUAUUUUCUUGUAGCAUGGAGGCUAAAGUAUCCUGUUGACCUGUCUGAUGUCAUCCCAGUGUAAUCUCAGCCGCUGACUUUAUUUAACCUUAGGUGUGCCAGCUUUAUGACAGGCUGGAGCUGAGUACAUGACUUACCAUUAACUGGACCAGACAGAGGUUUUCAAAAGCCGUAUGGAUUUUUUUCAAAUUAGAUUAAUCACGUGUGCCCAAGUUUCAGAUCCGUUUGUGCUCUGCGUUUUGUUGCCUCACUAACAUCAGACAUCAGUUCACUUAGUGUCUGAUAUCUGAAAACUGAACCUCUUACAGAUGAGCAGGCAGUAACUUUUUUGUACAUAUCACUUAAUUGUACUUUGAAAAGUGUCUCUUAAACAUUUUCUUCCUGUUCAGUCAUUGUCCUUUACUGCAACUGAAUGAAUUAUUGCUCAGCUUCAAGUGUGAGCUUCUGGUUAACACACACUUAGUAUUGAAUCAUUUACAUAUAGUACAACAAAGCUUCACUAUUGCACCUUUGGAAUUCAAUCAAUCAAUCAAUCAACUUUAUUUUUAAAGCACAUUUAAAAGAACCACAAGGGUAGCCAAAGUGCUGUACAAUGACACCUAAAAACAAAUAAAAAUUUGAACUUUAAUCCUUUGUCAGUAUAAUAUUGGUGUCUCAGUAUGUGAUUUUACUUCUCCUUAUUUUUUCUUGGCUCAAAGUGAGGCUCCCUGAGGAAACUUGACCUGACCCAUGUCGUUGUUUUUGCACCGUAGAUGUUCUCCCUUUUGAUAUAAUUAACUUAUAAAUAAUUUUUUCAACAUGGAUCCCCAAAGAACAUAUGUGCUAGUUUAAUGCUCUCAACAAAACUGUAACGUGCUGUAGCCAAAACAUGACAGCACGCAAUAUUCAACAAUAACAAGAUGUACUGUACUGCAGUCUGAGAGAGUGAGGGAGAGAGAGAGGUGCAGAGGAAACAACAUACAGAGAGAAUUAGAAGGAAAAUCAGUGUGUUAUGUUUCAAUUUUUCGAUUAAUUCUGAAGUUGAGGUCAGGAUUAUGUGGCGUAUGCUUCAGAUAAUAAUGUUGCAUGGAUUAUAGUAAUUUUCAUUAGGAGAGUUUACCUAGAGGGUGAAUAUCUGAUGUGAAUCCCAACAAAAGCAGCUCAGGAUCCUGUCAAUUUUUUAAACAUAAGACCAUAUACAGCACUCGUUUUUUACAUAGGACACUGUCAUCUGAGGUGAAAAUAGGUUUCUACCUUCUCUGACAUUUCCCAUCAAGAAGAAAUAUGUAUUCAUUAUGGAAAUUAGGUGUGCUUUAUGUCCUAUGCAGAAUACAGUAUGUGCUUUCUUUUAUUGAAAUACAUGUAAAUAUGGUGUUUGAUAUUAAAAAGACCCUUGACCUCUUCUCCUCUUGGUUGACUUGAGAGGCUCCUCUUUCAUGUAACUAAUGGUAAUGAAAUGUAAUUAAAUGGCUGACUCAUUAUGAUCAGUAUGAACUGUUGCAAAAUAGUGCCAACAUCACAUAGAGAGAUACCGCCUCACCAAACAUAAAGAAAUCAGGCAAAUUACAUUUUCAACACAGGAUCUCUAUACAUACAAGGAGACCAGAAUUUAAUCCAUUUCAGCAGGACUCUGGUUCCCCUGUGACCCGGGCAGUGUUGUUGUUCCAUCUUUUUAAAAUAAUUUGUUUAUCUGCUCUUUAUAAUCCAGUUUUCAGUCUUUGGCUGAGUGUCGUGUCCACAGCUGGUUCGGAGAGAACAGUUGGAGUGUUGUUGGUUUCCAGACGGAGCUGAAAUCAUUAACAGGCUGCUGUUUGCCGUUUGUGUCCCUGCAGUGUGUUUGAAGGAGAGCUGUCUGAAACCAUCCCUGUGGUUCACGCUUCCAUCGCAGGCUGUCGCAUCAUUGGGAGGAUGUGUGUGGGUGAGUUAUUCUCUUGAAGCAGUGCGUGCGCGCACACACACACAUAUACUCACACACACUUUUACUUUUCAAGUGUGUGUGCUCUUUCUUGCAGUCUCUGUUAAUCUCUGUAACACAUCAGUCCCUCCCAGCAACACCUUUAUUUCACACCUGAAUUUGAUUUUUUCUCUGUGUUUUGUUCACUCUCAAGAUUGUUCUUUUUUUUGUUAGUUUUUUGAUACAGUUUGAUUACAGUUUCAGAACAAGUGCUUAAACAUGAGGACUCUCAUGUUGAAGUCCUGCUCUGAUUGUUUUUUCAUUUUUUUUUUAACUACUUGAAGUUUUAUCAGUGUUCUUUAAACUGUGAUUAUGAAGUUUUUAGCCAAAAUCUCAUCAUCUGUGUCAUUUUCAAGGCCUUUUCUUCUGCAGAGCCUCAGUAGCUCAUUAAUAAUAAUAAUAAUGCAUCAGAUUUCAUAUAGCGCUUUAUCAGAGACCCUCAAAGCGCUUUACAUUGGAUACAUCAUUCAUUCGCUCACACAGUCACACUUUAGCAUGUCGCCUCUGAGUUCUGGCCGGAGACGGCGCUGCUCUGCACACUCCUCUUCACUCUUGCUUGUAGCCUAAAAUUGCAGGUGUCGUAGAAGUGGCAGGUAACAUAGAAGCUAUUCAGCUCUCAGACACUCAUCUUUGGCUUUGGAAUUAUGAAUAAAGCUAAUAUCAUAAUCCCCUUUCUUAUGAGCAUUGUAAUCCGCGAACGCACAUGCUUGUUCCGUGAUCAUCCUCUCUACUUCUCAGGGUCUGGCCUGCAGAGCAGGGCGCUGGGGAUGGAGCAUAGAUUUGUGAUGUAGAAAAUCUCAUCCUGUGAUGUUUGAGGUGGAGGAGCAUUUCACUAAAGAAAGACUUGCUAGAUUUGUAAAGGGCAGCAUGCUUAUUAUCAUGAGAGCAUGUUUUUAAUGUGCCAGCGUCUGAAGAGAAGAACACAUCAGACUUUUUGAACAUCCGCUCGGACAUUUCACUGAACAGUUCAAAGUUUAAAUUUGCUGUUGAAGUUUGAUUCAUUCAUUUCCAUCUCCACUCCUACAGCGUAACAGCAGACCAUCUCACUACAUAAUGAGAAACAUUUAGGUGUCUUAUAUUAAUAUCAAUAAUGUUUAGAGCCAACAUGUGGCUGAAUAAAUAUUUUGAUGUCUUUUUCUUUCUAGUUUUAAGAGUGAUUUUAAAGGUAAUAGCUAUUAAGUGUUACUGCAGUUCCUUACUCUGGGAGGUUGGCCUCACACUAGACAAGUUUUCAGUCUUCUCUGAUUUCAAAAUUGUGGACCUCACAAUUCUGAGCAGUUUUACACUUUAUAGUCCCCUGAACUCGCGCACUAGAUCAUUCUGUAAGUAGACAUCAUGCUCUAGUGUUUUUGCCAUAAUUCCAGGGAUGUAGUGUGGACUAAAGAUAAUUCACUAUCGACCCUUUUUAAAUAUGCAAAAAGUUCCUGUAAAUUUCCAGAAAUUACCCUGUGGGUGAUCUGUACACAUGAACACAAACAGCCGAGUCUGUCACCCGGACUUCACCCAGUAUAUUUCCUGCUGGCCUCUGUAUCAUUUCAGGGUAAAGUCCCGGUGAGCUCGUGACAACACAGCAGCAAAUCUUACAGAUAAUUCGCUGCCUGUAACGGUGGGGGUGUUGAUGUGUGUCAUGCAGCUGGUGCUCACAAAGGUGGUCAGUUUGCGCUGUUCACCUAAAUAAUCAGGUGAUAAACAGGGAUCAGUUUGCUGUGAGACUAAGGCAGCAUGUUUUGGUUCACUUCUAUGAGUUUUUUUUAAAUCACAGCACUUCUCUCUUGGUUUGUACUGUCAGCGAUGAAGGAGUGUGUUUUGAUCCAUCAUGCAGCUUUACAGAGCAGCUUGCUCUCAUAGUCUGAUGCCCUCUAUUAAGUUAUACUCCCACUGAUGGCAAACUCGACUCAUGUGCUGAGCUGCUUAGUUGCACAUCCUGAUAAGAAACAUUAUUCCAUAUCACACCAUUUCAUGAGCAACACCUAACGGUAUAAAAACGUAACAUAAAAAGUGGUGAGAUGGUCUUUAAAUUCACUUCUUCUCUUAAGUCUGUUCUUUGAACUCACUUGUUUACACUGUGGCUAUCUUCAAUUACUUGUCACAUUGAUACAAAGAAAAAAAUCAAUUGUUAAAACCUUUGUCUCUGAAUGCAAACUUAAAAAACAAACUUGAUUGCAAUCAUUGACAAUAACACAGCUGUGGAUUUACAAACAAACGUUUGAGAGGGAGACAGAAAUAAUGAGGAUGAAAUAGAAAGUGAAUGAAGACUUGGGUAAAAAUAGUAGUUAGGGGCUAUAAGACCUAGAAUCCUUAUUAGUACGUCUGGAAUCCCAUGGGAUGGGAGUCAUUUUUUAUUUAAUCCCUUGAUCGGUACGGGACGGGGAAAAAAGCAACGGGAGCGGACAGGAGCGGGAACAACAUUAAUAGAUGACCAUUUUCAGCCGUGUUAAACAACCAGAUGAACAGAUGCGUCCAUUUUUGUAGUCAUCUGUCAGUGAGAGACAACAUUCUUGACCGCGCUAGCAACACAAAAGAACUACAACAGUGGUUUGACUUCCUGUCACCAUCGAAAAUGGGAAAAAAAGAAGAAAAAAAAGUGAAAAUUAAGUGCGACUGCCGCUCUGUCUCGGCUGCCACUUUUACCGAAACUAUUUUUUUUAUAAAAUAAAAAAUGCAGCGUUUUUGCAACAUGUUUGGUUUUAUUCAAACGGGAGCAGGACAGGAGUGGGAGUAAUUUUGAGUGGGAGCGGGAUGGCAGUGGGAGUCAUUCCACGGGAGUGGGACAGGACAGGAUUAAUUUUUUUACUCUGGUCCGGGAUUUUUUCUCUGGGAGUGGGACGGGACAGGAGUGAAAAUCCACUCCCGUGUCUUGCUUUAGUCUGGUCCUGUGUCAGGGAGGCUCAGACUCAGACAAACAGUGGUAUUGACACCACACACUUGAUGAUUAGACUCAGUAACAACAAGAUCAUCAUAGCGUGCCCCCCAACCACUGAGGUUGGCAAAUCUGGCCCAAAAUCUUCAGCCUCAGUCCAUAAAUUUUUCAUAGUCUGAUUUUGUAACUGCUCUGUUUUCAGGAAACCGUCACGGCCUCAUGGUGCCCAACAACACGACAGACCAGGAGCUGCAGCACAUCAGAAACUGUUUGCCAGAGGCCGUGAGGAUCCAGAGAGUGGAGGAGAGGCUGUCUGCUCUCGGUAACGUCAUCGCCUGCAACGACUACGUAGCUCUGGUGCACCCAGACCUGGACAGAGUGAGACUGAAACACACACACGCUAACAUUUGCACAUGAUGAUGAAUUCCUUUCCAGGACAUUUUAUUUUCCAAGUUAAACUUCAGUAUAACUAAAUAAUUGGGUUUCCUUUCUCAUUCCAAUCCCAGUUUUCCCAUUUCAACAACAUGUUCAGAAUGAUUGGGCUCUAGAUAAUUUACCCGUUUCAUCUCAGAAAGUGAAACCAAAAACUGCCCGUUUUGUCCUCCUGGGUAAGUUCAGUCUAACCGUUCAACUCUUGCUUCCUUCCUCCUCUCUACUACUUAGGAGACAGAAGAGAUCCUGGCAGACACUCUGAAGGUGGAGGUUUUCCGUCAGACAAUAGCAGAGCAGGUCCUGGUCGGCUCUUACUGUGCGUUCAGUAACCAGGGAGGUCUCGUUCACCCAAAGACGUCUAUAGAGGACCAGGAUGAGCUGUCGUCUCUGCUGCAGGUCCCACUGGUGGUGAGUGACCUUUUACUUUACUUUCUUGUUGCCAAUGCCUGAGCGAAUAAAAUGAUUGCAUAAACAGCAUAAUUGCAGCAUUUCAUGUAGGUCUGUAAACCUUUGGACAAAAGGGCUUCUGUAAAUUCGUCAACAUCAGAUUUGUCCUUUAGAGGCUUAAACCGUUUUUAAAUUUCUUUGAUUUAUUUCGACACAAAUCUCCUCUAUCAGAAGAAUCUUCGAUCACAGCUGCAUCCAAGUUUAAAUGUGUGUCUGUCAUCAAACAUACAAAAGGCAACAUAGGCCUAACCUGUGUGUAUGAGCAUACACUUCUGGGCCAGUGGCACCCCAGCAGACCCUGUUUUUAUAUUUCACUUCUGCUGCAGCACUGUAACCGAGCUGCCAUCACGCAGCCGGAGCUUCACAUACAGACAGACUCACACACACACACACACACACACAGUAUUGUUGUUAUCUGUUAUGCCGCUGUUAAGACAUUAACAUGUGAGGUGAGAUGUUAAAAGGGUGUGAAUAUUAGGUGCCAAUAAACAUGGUGCUGCAGACUCUGCAUACAGAGCAGUGAUCUGGUGAAAAGGCUGCUUCAAUAUGAGAGUAGAGAGACUCUUUCAAGGAGGUUAGACCAGAAUCUGGCUGCUUCCAUUGUCAGGGUUCCCACUUGUCCUGAAAAAUCUGGAAAACAGCUGAUCAGUUUUUCAGUCCUAAAAAACACCUGGAAAAUGGGAGGAAAAGUGAAAUGUCCUGGAAAAUCACAUAUUGUCCUGGAAAAUUAUUCAAACUGGACUAGAAAACCGCACAACGCAGAGAGCUUGAGGGGUUUGCGCCUCAAAACUUGCCAAUUGACAACAGUGUUUAUCAACUUUUCUAUGAUAAAACUUAAAAAAUGUCUGCAGAAGCACCCGAAAACACAAAAAAAUCAAAUGUUUUCAUACAUGUUUAGAGCCUGGUUCAAAAACGAUUUCAGUCUGAAUAUUAAGUCCUGUUAUGGUUCACACUUGACUGUCAGGAGGGCACACUGUAGCUGUUGGUGAAGAGGCCAAAGACAUCUAAAGUACAAAUAUGUGAUGGUACAUCCCUUCAUCUGGCUAUUACACAUCUUCAUCCCAAGUUUAGCCUCAAUGCUGCUCAUGCUUUUCUUUGUUUACAAGCUGAAAGUAAAAAUGCAAAGAUUUAGUUCUCUGAAUGUGAGCAGAUUUUGUGCCUUAUGGUGCAAUUCCACCAAACUGUCUGGUAUGGUGUAGUUAAAGCUGCACCUGUUUACGUUUCCACUGUCAAUACUUUGGAAAAGCACUCAGAAAACCAGCCUGUACUGUCCUGCCACACUUCAGCAUAUCCAACACAAAACUUGAAUGAAUGAGAAAGAAGAGAGGGAAAGAGAUGGGACUGGAGAGAGAGACUGUAAAAGAGGACAUUUUCCCUGUGAGCUGAUGUAGUUCAAGAAUUAACACAGCCUUUGUUUCCGGGAAAAAUUCACCUGUCAAGUCAAUUUUUCCCCAAAUACUGUCCUGGGCAAAACUUCCAAAUAAAAGCACAGUGUGAAAACAAGAGGAAGUCUCUCCACCAAAAAAUAAAUAAACAAAUCAGGCUUUUUUUGAAAAGUUCUCUGGAAGUACAAAGUUUGUGAUCUGAACCAGAGCAGCAAACCAAACCGUACUGCCUUGUGAAAAUUGUGAUUUUUUUUCUUGGUGAUAAGUGAGUUUAUUUUCUGUUCAGGCCGGCACAGUGAACAGAGGCAGUGAGGUCAUCGCAGCAGGGAUGGUGGUCAACGACUGGUGCGCGUUCUGUGGCCUGGACACCACCAGCACAGAGCUGUCCGUCAUCGAGAGCGUCUUCAGACUGAGCGACGCGGCGCAGCCCUCCGCCAUCGCCACCACCAUGAGGGACUCGCUGAUCGACAGGUGGUUAAGACACACAGGCACACACACAACACACACUUCAUCCUUCCACCCAUCUUUGUUAGUCCAGCUGUGAUCAAUCUGACACAUUUUCUCAUCAUCUCCAUUCCUGCACCUGACGCACACGCUCAUGAUGAUGUGCAGAUUUUGGCACAUUCAACCUGAGAAUUAUGGUAAAAAAAAGCCUGAGAGUGCAGUUGUAAGAACAUAGAUCCUGUUUGACCCACAUCUGAGUGUUUCUGCUUACACACACACACACUCACACACUCACACAGAAGGGAUUGUAACACUCAACCUUCUCAUUACACGUGGGACUCACUGACUCAUCUACAGCCGUUCAUCACACACACACACACACUCAGACGCUGUUUCAAAUUACCAUGUUUGAUGCUUUCCUUCAUCUUCACAGCCUUUAAAGGUGUCCCUGUGGUGCUGUAGUACACACACACAUACACACACACACACACACACACACACACAGGCCUCCAUCUGUUCGUUUUCUAACUAUUUACCACUUGCAGCCAACUUUCACUUCAUUUUUUAAUCACUUGUGUGAAUGUUCCAUCUUUCUGAACUUUGACUCGAAGCUCUGAUUCUUGGUCUUAAAAAAAUCUCGAUGGUUUACUAAAAAGAUUUGUUUGAACCUUUUCUUUUCCUCUACUCUUGUCCCACCAGCAUGGCGUAAAUCGUCUCCGAAGUUUCCUGCCGUCAAAGAUCUCCGCUGCCGAUCUGCUGGUCUCCAAUACAAAGUCAACAAGCUGCCGGACCUCAUUUUCCAACUUAAAGGACCUCCUUUCACACAGUAUUGCUCACUUUCAUUCACACGCCUCAGCUCCCACCUGCAGCCGUACCACUCUGAUCAUUUUCUACCUUUUUUAACAUUCGAUUAAACUCUGUACACCUUUCCUCUGGUUACCUUAGUCCUUCUUGAAUCAGAUUUCAGCUCCUUAAGUCGUCAGUUAAAAGUGGGAAACUGAGGCAGCCAUCCACCACUUUAGAUCUUUUGUUGACAGAGGCCAGAGAAGAGUCUCUUAAAUUAGAGAGUGAAAUGUUGAGGAAAAGCCGAGCAGGAAGGUGAAAGAAGCUCUCUGAAAUUCCAUCUUCAGCUCCGAUGCUCGUGUGAAUGUUUUUUAAUCGUAACAGGUAGAUUUAACAUCUCCUCUACUGUGAAGGACAAAAAAAUGAUUCAGAUAUAUUAAAUUGAUCUAUGUGCCUGUUUCUUGAAAAGUCACUCUUAUAGUAGGAGUAUGUGUGUAACCCUAAUGGGGAACUUAUCAGAUGCUUUGGCGACGUUUUUGCCUCUCGAAGUCUAUCAGGAAACAUCUUGUUUUGGAAGCUCAUAGGAACAGCUGUUUUUCUCAUCAACAAAAAAGACAUCACUAAUCGAUACAGGAGCUCCCCUCAUGUUUUAAAGUCAGUGAAGUCUUCUUCCCUUUCUGAAACAAACCCAUAAUUUAAUACUGUAGUCUGAUGAACUUACGGUUUACAACAUGCAGUAUGUUUCAUGCACAGGCAGAGCAUGUCUUUGAAUUUGCACCACCACUGUGUCAGGAAGUGAAGGGAUUAAAGCCGAGGUUAGAGGAUGAAAGGAGAAGGAUUUAGCCACGAACGACUGCCAUAGAUUUUUACUGCAGUCUCUCUGUCACAAAUCACAGCCUGCCUGAUGAACUCCAAACACGGAUGAUGUUUCUCAACAAUCGACAUGUCGCCUCUGUCUUGUAAAAUAAAAUAAAAAAGCCUCUUUUUAUCUGCCCUGUGUGUUUUUGAGUUCGUGUUUCAUUUGUAUGUGAAGUGUCGGAGCAGCCUUAGAAAGUAACAAGCUACAUUUUUAUGGAAUAACAAGUAUUUAUAUUUAACGCCUUUUAUUUGAUGAAAUGACCAUUUUAAAAGUGCUUUUUUUGCUGCAGCACGAAAAUUCCAUCUUCACCUUCGAUUCUCCAGUGAAUGAUUUUAAAUUGUAAAAGGUAGAUUUAACAUCUCACCUGCUGUGAAGGACAAAAAAGCUCUUCUUUGUUAGACAAUGAUUCAGCAAUGCUACAUCUUUAAUUCGCAGGAGAUUCAUGAGGAGAGGAUUUUGCAUAAUUCGCUCCAGCCCAAGUCAAUCAAUCAAUUAAUCAAAUUUUAUUUAUAUAGGGCCAAUUCAAAACAGUUGUUAUCCCAAGACGCUAUCCAAAAAAAAGAGCAGGUCUAGACCACGCUCAUUGUACCAAGACCCAACCUUAAG